AGCGCUUUCUUUCUCUGAACCUUUCGGGGCAUUAGGACCUCUCGGUAUCCUGAAGCUCCGUGUCGUAGGGUUGAGAAGUUAGCCAUAUGACGCUAGGCUAGCUAAAGGCUAGCUAGUUUAUGAUAGCCUUUCUGUUUGCUAUAGGUGAGAGAGGAGGCAUUCGUGUCAGCACAUAUUAGAACAUUUUUGGUGUCAGUGUGUAUCCAAAACCAGCCAGCAAACUAACAUUGCUUAGCCGCAGACAGACAGACAAGCAACACUGCAAACAAGGCCCUUGGGAAUUACGAACCGCUAGCAAGUCUGAUAAUUGUGUUUUUCCAAGAGGACUCCAACGUUGCCUAGCUCUCUGGCUUGCAAACGUCAUUUCACGAGUGGUAUAGCUAGUCUUGCAACAAGCAAGCAGCAAUAUAAAAGUAGCAUAGCUAGCUAGGUCAACAGACCACGGCAUUAUUAAAGAUGAAUGGCAUAUGUAUGAAGAACGAGGGUAUAGAGGGGACCGAGAGGUUCGCUAGCCCGGGGAAGGGCAGGGGACUGCGGGCUGUGAAGCACUUUGCUGUCGGAGACUUAGUAUUUGUCUGUCCUGCCUAUUCCUACGUGCUGACAGUGAACGAGAGAGGAGCCCACUGUGAAUACUGCUUCACCAGGAGAGAAGGCCUCUCCAAAUGUGGACGAUGUAAACAAGCGUACUACUGUGAGAUGGACUGCCAGAAGGGCGACUGGCCCAUGCACAAGUUAGAGUGUACAGCCAUGUGUUCCUAUGGGGAGAACUGGUGUCCAUCAGAGACCGUCAGACUGGUGGCCAGGAUCAUCAUGAAACAGAAAGUCACAACGGAACGUUCACAGUCAGAGAGACUGUUACUCCUCAGUGAGUUUGAAGCCCACCUGGAUAAGUUGGACAGUGAGAAGAAUGAGAUGAACCAGACAGAUAUAGCAGCACUGCAUCAUUUCUACUCUAAACACAUAGACUUCCCUGAUGACCAAACCCUAACUGUGCUCUUUGGACAGGUAAACUGUAAUGGCUUCACCAUAGAGGAUGAGGAGCUGUCUCACCUGGGCUCUGCUGUGUUCCCUGAUGUAGCAUUGAUGAACCAUAGUUGUAGUCCUAACGUCAUCGUCACCUAUAAGGGGACAGAGGCUGAGGUACGAGCCGUGCAGGACAUCCAGCCUGGAGACGAGGUGUUCAACAGUUACAUUGACCUGCUCUACCCGACGGACGACAGGAACGAGAGACUGAGGGAUUCUUACUUCUUUACGUGCGUGUGUGAUGAGUGUGCCACGCGGUCUAAGGAUGGAGCUAAGAUGGAGCUUCGUAAGUCGAGCUCUCCCCCGGAGAUGGAGGAGGUCAGAAAGAUGGUUCACUACGCCAGGAAUGUUAUUGAAGAGUUCCGUAGAGCUAAGCACUACAAGACCCCUAGUGACCUGCUGGAGAUCUGCGAGUUGAGCCAGGAGAAGAUGAGCUCUGUAUUUGCAGACACUAACGUGUACAUGCUUCACAUGAUGUACCAGGCCAUGGGAGUCUGUCUGUACAUGCAGGACUGGGACGGAGCCAUGAGCUACGGAGAGAAGAUCAUACAACCGUACAGUGUCCACUACCCAGCCUAUUCUCUUAACGUGUCCUCCAUGUACCUGAAACUGGGCCGUCUCUACCUGGGACUGGAGAGGAAGACCCAGGGAAUCAAGGCAUUAAAGAAGGCGAUCGCCAUUAUGGAAGUGGCUCAUGGGAAGGAUCACCACUAUGUAACAGAGAUCAAACGAGAGGUGGAGGAGCUAAAGUAAGGAGGAGGAAAAGUGAAGAAGAGGGAGUGAAGAAGAGGAUUAGAGGAAGAGGGAGUAAUGUGAAGGAGGGGUGAGGACCAUGAAGGACUUCUCCAAACCCUGGGUCAAAACAUCAUAAUUAAACAAAACAGCUGUAUGGAACUGAGCAUGCAUCCUAUACCUCUCUCUUUACGUGUCUCCUUCUCCCGCCAACUCUCCCUCUGUCCCCCGCCAACUAUCUCUCCCUCCAACUCUCCAUCUAUCUCCCCCUAUCUCUCCCUCCCCCUAUCUCUCCCUCCAUCUAUCUCCCCUCUCCCUCCAUCUCUCCCUCCAUCUAUCUCUCCCUCUCCCUCCAUCUAUCUCUCCCUCCAUCUAUCUCUCCCUCCAACUCUCUCUCCCUCGUUCCGUCUUUGUUGAUGAACUUAAAGUCAAAUCAGGUGUCUCGUUUCACACAGGCCAGCAGUUUCUCUCAUUAACCAGCCAGUGAAAAGAGACAACGACCCUAGUAUUUCUGCUCCAUCGGUUGUUUCUGCUAAACCGGCUGCUUCUACGGUAACGGUCAAAUCAUGUCCUGUGAGGUCUGAGACAGUACAUGAUGAGGGUCUUACUGGGUAGCACUAUUGCUGUAAAUGUCAAUGAUACUUGUAGUUUUUUGGUUUGUUUCUGGCGCCUGGACUCGUAUCUGCCCAAACUUUGAAGAGAAGAGAGAAUUCAUGAAUUCACAAAUCAUGUUUGAAUUAACGGAUCAAGUGUUUCUCUCGUAGCAAAUUGAGAGAAAAUAAAAAAAUCAUUUUUUGAGUCCGAACUUAAAUCAUUUCUUUGUCCUACAGCACAGGCCUUGUGGAGGAAAUGUCCUUUUUGCCUGUUUUAGAAAAUGAGAAGUGUUGCGUGUUUUCUCUCACUCAUAAACAGGAUGCUGUCUUUGUACCGGUCUGAAGGGAAGUCAUUGGAACUCCCGGAGAAACUGUCUUGUGGAUCCCGCAGUGAUUCUCAUUCUCUGAACAGUGUCCACUAACUCUAUUCCUGGAGAGCUAGCAGGCUUUUGUUCUAGCCCAGCACUAAACACCUGAUUUUAAAUGGAUAAUGGCCCAGACAUGUGGCUAAAUUGAAUUAGCUGAAUCAGGGCUCUUAUUCCGAAAUUGUUUUAAAAGCUGCAUUUGGGCAAAAGAGCUGAUCUGAUUGGUCAAAAGACAAAAUUAGUGAGAGAAGAAGAAGAAAAAAGAUGAGAAUUGUGCUGCUUGUGUAAACGCAGCCUUUCGAGUAAAAGUUUUUAAAAAAGAUCUAGGAUCAGCUUUGCCUUUUUAAAUCAUUUUGAAUAAGAGGCCUGAUCCAAGAUCAGCUUAGGAAUACAAGCUCAGGGCUGCGUUCAGUUCGCUUGAACGUUUGCUAUGGUUACCGGAACGGUUUGUACUGAACGACAGGUUUUUUUCCCAAAACAUUAUUGUAUGUUCUUGAACAGACUUGAGUUGCGUUUGCUCAGUUCUGUGUGCGUGCCGGGGUGUGGCUUGAAGCAAGGAGUGACAUAUAUUUAAAAUGACAGUGGUGUAUUUUGAACCCACAAUUCAACCUGUUUUUUCAACUGGCCAUUCAGUACAGUACCGUUUCCAUUCAUUUGAACGUUUUAUUCCGUUUUUAUGUACUGAACGCAGCCCUGGUGUGUCCUCCCCAUGGAGGAAGGACCAACUGUAGCAUCGCUAACAAUAGUUAGCAUCCUCUUCUACUCCAAGGGCUCCCUCCCAACCACAGAACUAGAGUCCUCUGGGUAUCAGUUCAAUGUCUUUUGAUUUAAAGUAGUAAUUGAGUUUACCUAACUUGAAAUCAACAAAAGUGUGAAUUGUGUUGGAAUAAGGUUGGGGGGAAUUUUUUUCUCUCCAGAAUUUCUUUGUUGUUGACUUUUUACAAAAUCCAAUCCGUUUUCCACGUCGUUGAUUCAGCAUCAUCACAUUGAAUGUUUUUGUUAAAACAAUGUGGGAUUUUUUUUUGUUGUUGACUAGUUUGUGCCCAGUGGGAUAACCGUAACCCCCAACCAUUAUGGAAAUAUACCUGACCAUAGAAGAGUGGUUAGGGACAAUGUGAUGCUUCCCCCUCAGGCGUCCACUGUGGGGUCCGGUAAAUGUUGUUUCAAUGUUAGUUUGUGUGUUGGACAUCAGGACACAACAUUUCUCUAUCAGCAGGGGACUUCCCAAAUAAAUAACCUGAGAAUGUU